UUGAAAAAAUAAGUAACGAAUGUUACUCAUUUGCAUUAAAUAGACUAAAAAACAACAUUUUUAUGGUUGAAUAAUUUUGCGGAGAUAUGCCACGACAAUGGAUAAUUAUAUGUGUUCAACUUGCCGUACUCAAUUGCGCUCUUCUUGGCUACGUCUGUGCAUCGAGAAACAGGUAUGGAACGAUAUCAGUGGAAGGAGCAGCUUUUGUGAACACGGAGGUAACACUGAAAGCGACACCGUUCCUCCCUUGGGGAUGUGACGUAGAAUGGAGGUACAUAAAGGACGGGGACACAUCAUUUCAAACAAUGAAUGGGACAAAUGUUAAAAGAUAUUCUGAAGAUAGGUCAUUCUUUUUAAAAUGGACGGCUUCAAUUGAAUACGACGGAUCUUAUUUCUACGCUGGAUGUUCAACAAACGAAACAAUUAAAACAUCCAUGAUAUCGUUAAAUUUGAAAGAAUCAAUUACCAUCUGUGCAUCCGUUGUAACUCAACAAUGGCAUACGUCGGUCCUUUAUGCAUUAUCUGGAACCGUAUUACUUUCACUUGUAACAGCAUUGACCGUGCUUCUCCUUUGUCGAUGCAAAUCUCAUGCGUAUGAAAGGUUUCUGCACCGAAGAGGACCUGUAGCCAGCGAUCCUAGUAGACAUGUGUACGAUGGUGUACAGUCUACUGUUGAGACAACUGUGCUUCACGAUCUAAGAAGGACAACUGCAAUUGUCCCUGACAACUUACUAACACCUCCACUUCCGGUUAUUGAAGACACCCAAGUCCGUUUAAACAGAAAUGUAUGCCACUACGACUACGUGGAUACCUCGUACGUUCAACACGCGAUAUAA